GGUUGGGAAAUAAUUUCACCAUUUAUGUACUUGAGUUCCACUGUUAAGAGACCAAUAUUAGUACAUACUGUAUAUACAUAGUGAUUUAUGGGACUGAACUAUCUAAAGAUGAAGCCUAAUGACUGAUGAUCCCUUGAUGUUGCCUCUAACACCAUGAUGGGGUUGACACACAAAUGUCUGGACACCUAUUGGACUGACAUGUUUGGUUUUAUCUAGCGCCAUCAAGAGGUCAACAUUUUAAUUUGUUACCUGCAAAACUAAUGACAAUCCCAUCAUCCUCUGCUGUACUUUGUGUUUACUACAAACACAGGUCGCUACUCUACGCCCCUAUUCAAUGUAUUGUUUAUCAGCACAAUGAACAGUGUUUCUACUUGUAUCAAUUUAAACACCAUUGACUACAGUUCAUGAUAUUGAAAGCCACAUUUUCAGAUCAGUUUAGUUUUAAUGAACUCUCCUUAUUUAUUCUUCCUGCAUCUGACAGGAAAUCUCUCGUAGAAAUGUACAUCUUUUUGUCUGAGUACUGGUUACUGAGUGACUCCAGAAACCUCAUGAAAACCAGGUGUUUUUAUCCUCUUCUGAGGCGUGAAGGUUGAUGGUAUUUCAAGCAUUGUUCACUGUUCAUCAUUGACAACAUCAACGUCAACCAAUUAUAAUUUUCCAUUUUCUGCAUUCACACACGACAACUGAUCAAAUAGUUUAAUGAAACUCUGCUUGACAAAUUGCAGAUUGACUUUAGAUGAAAAUUAGCUUUUUGGUUAUAUUAGCAAUGUCCCUAAAUAAACCAAAAACACAUAUAUUUUAGUACAUUGCAUUUUAAGAAAACUAAAUAAAAUUAAUUGUGUAAUUCACUUAAUUCUGUGCAAACAUGUUGAGACUUUGUGUGUUACAGCACACAAUUAAACUGAGCAUCUCUUUCAUGAAGUAAUUUUAUAGUUCAGUCAUUGGUUAUUGUUAAAGCUGUUGUACAGUAAUUCCACUGAGAAGUAAUGCAUUGAUGAAUUCAUGCAGUACCUACAUACAUAUACAAUCAUUAAAAUAAGUCAAAGUGAUAGACAUGCAGUGCUGUAAACCCCAACAUAUCAGAAUAUUAAACUCUGAAGUUCAUCACCUGAUAGAGGGCUGACUGGAGAGAUGAAGGCAGAUGUGCUCUCUCUUCCACACCUGUCCACUCCUGUCAUUCAGCCAUCAGACGGCAGGCAGAGGGAACCCCUGCCCUUACCUGCAGCACCAGAUGAGAUUAAAGGAAAAAACAGACAGAGAAACUGAGAGUCAUGCUCAACAAGUCCUCCCACACAGUCUGCAGCUACUACAAAAAGCUCUCUGAGAGGAUCUGGAAGCUGCACAGUGCAACCACAGUCUGAUCUGAGCAAACCCCACUGGAGCACUUUUGAGCUGAGUGCCUUGCUCAAGAGUACAUCAGUGGUGGUAUUGAUAGAGGGACAAGCUCUGCUCUUAGUUAACGCCUAAUUAAAUGUAUCCAUCUGAAUUAGCAGGCUUCUGGUGAUUCUUCUCUAAUGUUAGGGCAACUGCUAAAUAUUAGUUUCAGUAGCAGAGGAGAAUCAAGGUUGGUGCUAUACUUCACUCAAGAGUUGAAACACCCUUUUCCAAGCUUGGUAGAUGUAACCAAGUGAUUAAAGGACCAAUUAUUUAAAGCAAACCCUUUGUCACUUGUAACUAUUUAAAGUGGAGUUAAAUUGAGGUGAAUUAAAGGCUUGAAAAAGAAGAAUAGUGAUUUCUUUUUUUUUUUUCAAAUGAGAUGACUGCACCAGUGAGGGUGUGCUCACAGAUGUAGGGGGUGGGCUAAGGGAUGAUGAUGUCAGUGUGAGACAGAUGAAACAUCAGACAGCCUUUCAGUUUGCACAAAAAAACUCAAGAGGCUUCUUCUCGCUGAUCAUUGUUCAGCACAUCCAUGGAACGGGCACAGCAGACCAGCAGCACUCAGGGAACGGACACUAAUGUGAACGAGACCAGGCUGUGUUCUCUUUAGAUGCAUCAUUUCUCUCCUAAAUGAUCAAAGCAGCCCCCAGUAACCUCCUCCAAGAAAUGUUUUUUCUGUCCUGUACGAUCUUAGAGCCAAAUGCAUAGCGGUAAACCAAAAGUGCUUUAUAUAGCCAGUGCAUGUAUGUUGUGUGGUGGGUGAUGCACGCAACACAUACUGUGAGUGUGUGACUUGGCAGGUCUGGUGGAGGUGGUGCAUGCAGUGGUGUAUCUGUGCUGCUGCUGUGCUCAUGGCUCAGAGGAGGGCUGCUGGUGGUUGCUGCUGCCCCAGGGCGCCCAUGAACGAAGACAAUGCCCGUUUCUGCCUGCUGGCUGGGCUCAUCCUCCUCUACUUAUUGUGUGGGGCCGCCAUCUUCUCAGCCCUGGAACACCCCUUUGAGCUGCGUGCCCGGCGCCUCUGGAAACAGCAGCUGGACAACUUUACCCAGCGAUAUAGGGUGAACCUGGGUGCCUUGCACACUCUGCUGCGUCAGUACGAGGAGGCAAACGGAGCUGGGAUCAGGGUAGACACAUUGAGACCCCGCUGGGACUUUUCUGGAGCUUUCUACUUUGUGGGCACGGUGGUCUCCACUAUUGGCUUUGGUAUGACCACACCAGCGACCAUAGCUGGAAAAAUAUUCUUAAUCUUCUAUGGUCUCAUUGGCUGUGCUGCCACCAUCCUCUUCUUUAACCUCUUCCUGGAGAGGAUCAUCACAAUGUUAGCUUACAUCAUGCGCUGGUGUCAUGAGCGUCGGCUGAGGUGUGCUGGAGUUGGGGUGGUGUCAAGCAGGGAGGAGUCGUCUGGCGAGGAGGACAGCCUGGAAGGUUGGAAACCGUCAGUCUAUUACGUGAUGCUGAUCCUGGGCGUGGCAUCGGUUGUGAUUGCGUGCAGUGCCUCCACUUUGUACAGCUCCAUGGAGAACUGGAGCUAUGUGGACUCCCUCUACUUCUGUUUUGUGGCCUUCAGUACCAUCGGCUUCGGGGACCUGGUGAGCAGUCAGAGACAGCAGUAUGAGUCUCAGGAAGCCUACCGGCUUGGGAACUGCCUUUUCAUCUUAAUGGGAGUCUGUUGUAUCUACUCACUUUUCAAUGUAAUUUCCAUUAUCAUCAAGCAAACUCUCAACUGGAUCGUGGGUAAGCUGGCGUCUGCCUGCACACCUCAGGCAAAACGCUUAAAACGCAACACUGUGCAGCCCAUCUCGUCCCACUGCCCUGCAGGAAAACACCGCUACACGGAAGGCUCGGUGGACACAGUGUGUGACAGUGAGACGGAUGCAGGUGCAGUGGCCGUUGGCCGUCGUCUGUCAGGAGAGAUGAUCUCUGUCAAUGAGUUCAUGGUGUCCAAUAAGGUGUCUCUGGCACUGCUGCAGAAGCAGUUGAGCGAAACUGCUCAUCAGGGCCCGCGGCAGAGCUACAGCCAUCAAAACGGAUUCUCUGGUGGUGUGGGGGCCUUGGCCAUUAUGAAUAAUCGCCUACAGGAAACCAGUGUGGACAGGUAGCACCACUAGGAGGUUCUUAUUGUGUACAUUGUUUUGGGUUCUCUACGGUAUACUGAAGCUCCUAAGUCAAUCAUUUGUCCUCUCAGUAUGACAAAACCAAAUUCUGAGAAUAGAAUAAUUGCCCUCUGAUUAGCACCUUUGAGCAGUUUCAGUGGAAGUCUAUGCAGAUAAUAGCAGACCUCCAGCAUGGACUGGACAUCAAAUAAUUUAUUACAUUUUGUUAUUUGUAGAGAACGAGAGCAAAAAAAGACAAAUGCAAUUUAAAGAAUUCAACAUCGCUGCGAAGAGGGGUCUGAUGUCCUGAAGUGAUUGGCUCAUACAAAAGCAAUCAGAUGAAAGAAGCAGUGAAGGACCACUUAAAGGGGACUGCUGAUUUGAGAGUGCUGAACAUGUCCCCUGAGCUCCUCAAUCAACGAGAGGUGGUAGUCAGUUUUAGUGAACAUACAGACAUAAACACGAUCUCCUCUUAGAUAACUAGCUGCAUAUAUAAAACAUUUGAAUUGUGAUUUGUAUCUAAACAGAGCUUCUCAAACCCGCUACAGGAGCUCAUAAGUACCGAGAAAGAGAUAUUUUAAUUUGUUGAUUGCUCACAAGUCGCCCAUCUUGUUCCAUCAGUGCAUGUCAUUGAAAUUCACAGUAAUCAUGAAAGAGCGCUGAGAUCCAGUGUUUUCAAUAGAGCACAUCCAAUCAAACGUGGCCUGUAGAGGAUGUCCUUAUGUCAAUAAGUGCUGCACAGAUAGUCGCAGAAUCACAUCAACAGAGCGGAGAGCGAAAAUACAGGCUCUCCUUGGCUAGCUGGAGGAGAUUCUUAACUAUGCAAGGAAAGCCAGUUUAAUCCAUUCUGUAUCAUCUAUGCGGCAGGUUUUUUAAUCAGCGCUCGGAAAAUGAUGAGACAAAGUCAUCCAUUUUCUUCUAGUGGUCACGCUUGAUGUGUUCACUGUUACUAACUUCAAACCAAUUUGAAAAAUAGCUCUUUAGUUUUUUGUGGGUAAAAACAAACACUGCACGUCGUCAGUCAAAUAUUCUUUAUUUAGUUUUAAAACAAUCAUGACUCUUAACAUGUAACAUUUAUACACAGAAAAUACUGAAAUAAUUUAACAAUGCAGUAUGAUGCAGAUAAAAUGACCCAUCCUGAAACUGACCUGUUCUGAUGCUGUUUGUUUUAUCAACUAUAUAAAAGAUGAAUAAGGCAUCACAGUACGUAUGAUUCAACUUAUGGAAAAAACACAUUUCACAUACACUGUAUUGAAGAAUGUGUUUAAAAAUAUGGUUAAUAUAUAAAGAGAACCGCAAAAAAAAAAAAAAAAAAAUGUGUACAUGUAAAACUUAUUCAUGUAAAAUAUAUUGUGAUCGGUCAGUAAAUAUAGAUUUUAGGGUAUUUGGCCAAUUGUUACUUUGAGUUCAAUUAUUGGUCACAAUCAAACCGCGACAUGCUUUAUAGCUCUCUAAAAUAAUAUAUCCAAUAAUUUUAAGAAGUAAACUCAUUCCAGUCAUCUCUCCAGCCCAUUUUGCUCUACAUGUUUAACAUAAAACAAAAAGGAAAACACCUCUUCAAAAAGAGUUUAAAUUAUGUGUGAAAUGUAUUUUUUCAUGUGUAUGUGUAUGUGUCGAGAUUUAAUUAGUAGAAUUAAAUAUUUAAUCAGUG